AUGAAAGGCAAAAUCCUCCCCAUACACCUUGUCGGGUGGAGUGGAAUGAAAAGUCACUGGUGGCAAUUUGUCAUUAUUGGGGUUUUAUUGGCUUGCAUUGUUGUGGGAUCUCUGUACAUUAUUGGGUCUGGGUUGAGAAAAGUGUUUGUGUACCUCAAGUCAAGGGCCAGAUCUCAUAAAAAAGUACAUCCGAGCAUAUUGAGGCGGCUCGAAGAAAUCUCGAGCCAAGUUUGGAACUUGAACCAACUUCACUCUGGCAAAAAGCCAUCCUCAUUUGGUGUGUACCUUGGAAGUUUCAGUGAUCCGUUAACAGAGGAACAAGAGCGGAUCUUACAGCAAUGGGACAUCUUGAUCGUGGAUCCGUUCGAGGAAAAUGUCUUGAGCGCUAUAUCGAGGCGAGGAGGCGCAAGAUGCCUUGGCAGACUCGAUCUUGAGAGCAUACUGUCACAUGAACGAUCCGAAUUGACCAAAGUGGAACGAAUUGGAGGCAUCGUCGAAAGAGCCUUCAGUCAGAGCACCUUCUAUGGCGUGCUUUUUGCCAACUGGGAAGAGACAUUCUCUCCAUCCGUGCAGGAGAAAUUGUUCGAAGCCGUCAGCAGUCUCGGACUGGCAGUCUAUCUCGAGACACAGGGACCAGAAUUUUUGACAAAUCGAAACUCGUUGCAAAAUCAUGCCGUUUCUGGGCUUGUUAUUCGCAAUGCGACCAUCAUGCCCCAAGGUGAAAAGCGCGACUACUUCCAGAUGACCAACCUGCAACCAACUAUCAAGGCUUUUGUUUCAGAGGCAUGCAUGAGAGAUUUUGUCGUUCUUGCAUGGGAGACAACUAGUAAUGACGUGAGCCUCUCCAAUGCAGUAGUUCGUAGGACUCUGCAAUGGUGCAACUUCUACAGUGUUGUUCCUUGGAUCGGCCAAGAAGUUGCCCUCCAGGAUGCCGAGUUGAACAAACGUACUCUUGAGCCCCUUCCAGCGUUUAGUUGGUUGAAGGAACCAGAGGUCAUGAAAGCACAUGAAGUAUGGCGCUCAACAUCUAAUCUUUCCGACAGCAACGCAGAGACUAGAUGGUCGACCUUGGCUGAUCUGUUUCCUGCUAUUCAUGCUUUCCUCGAGUCAAGAGAGCUCAAAACAGAGUCGCCCGGACUGGGAAAACUGCGUCUCCGAGAGCCCCCUAAUUGGGUUGCUCAAGGUAAAUCUCAAGGGAAUCCCUUGUCCAUUUCCAUGUCCGGACAGGAAUACGACUAUCUCGGCUGCUUCCCAUUGGGGUCAAACCCUACAACAGUUGCCUUCGCGGAAAUAUCCCAGUCUCAGCAACGCCUCAGGAGCCUUUCGCUCCUUCACCCGGUGCCCAGGCUCCAAAUCCUGGAGAUGGGUACACUCUUUGGUCGGUUCGCAGAGAUCCCUGAUAUCUCUGACCGUGACCCGCAGAUUUUGACCACGAUCCGCGAGCUUGCUGAUCUUGCAUCAAAAGAGAUCUUAAGAGUAAGCCUGGUAUUGGAUUCAGGCCUGACCAAGGCAAAAAACUCCAGAUUUUGGGCUGUUUACCAAGUUGAUAGCGAGGGCGUGGACAUUUUUGUAUCGAAGAACGCCCAGGGAUUGGUCGGAACAGUUUUGCAUACCUUCCUAUCCGCAAAGGGGUUUCCUCGUGAUAUCUGUUUCGAGAUGGAAACUGCAUUGGCGGCUUGGUCUCAUGAUCUCGCGCCUAAUACUCAUCUCCCUCGCCGUCUCAUUCAAGAUAUUGAUUCUCUCAGCCCGGAAGAGAGGUUACUCACCCUGCAGCAUCUCUCGCUCACCGAUGCUCACAGCUCAUUAUCGCGGAAUAUAUGUGCAUACAUCCGCAGGCAGCUGAUUGACGGCCCCUCAUUCACGCAGCUAAAGGAGCUUAAUACCAUCGGUUAUCUUCAAAAUUCGACUACUGUUGAAGAACUCGUGAGGAGCAGGGUUGAAUGGUAUCAGGAUCAAGGGCUUGAGCACCCGUCGACUUCUAUAUCGAGAGACCUUUUUAAUGAAGUUGAUGCAGUUUUCUCGACAGUAUUAAGGCAGCACCGAGAGGACCAACUCGCUAAAAUCACGGAAGGGCUUUCUAGCCUCGUGCAAGAAGGCUUUGUCGACCCUUACGUGGACAUGGUAGCAAUGGCUAUAUUUUGUGCAGCGCGGAAAGGAGCCUUUGACGAGAUUUUCGAAGAAGUGACAGAUCGCAACCCUCUUUUCAACCAACACCCAGACCAAGCGGCUGCAUUCGCCGAGUCAUUUGCCCUCGGAUCUCGUUGUGAUGCCUAUUUUGAUGUUUCGCCGAGCGACUUCGGGAAGCUCCUGUCUGAUCGAUUCCGGGCUUAUUACAUGAAACAUCAACCGCCUAGUUGGAUCAAUGGCGCACCUCAAAUGGCCACUUCUUAUGCUGGUGCUCAAAUUGACGUCAAUCCUGAAGAUAAAACAACGCCUAUGCGGGGAUACCAGCGAUUCACCUUUCUUAGUGUUUUUGCUAUCCCUGCGCUGAUCGAUAUUCUCCUGCUCACCAUCAUCGGCCGUGGUCUAUAUUUGUCGUCGAGUAUGUCGCUUGAUGACCAGAGUAGCGCUACCAUGGCGCUAAUGAUAUCGCUUCUCCUGUCGGGUGCCAUUGGCACCUGGAUAGCCUGUGGUGGGCCGUACUAUCUCAUUUCUAUGGCAUUCGCUGCUGCCAACAUGUUUGUGCUGAUCCGGCUUAUCGCCGGUAUUGCCUUCACCGUGGCAGGAGGGUUGAUUGGUUUUGUGGCCUUUUCUGCGGUUAAAGGUCCAAAGGCAGGCAUCAUCUUCUACCUUUACCUGGUUGCGCUCACCACAUACUUCUCGACCUUUGCUUCCCUCGCGAGCUUCAGCUAUCCCGGAUCAACAUUCCUGUCUGGUCGGAAGGCAAUCAUCCUUUGUAUUCCGAUUUUGUUCUUGGGACCCAUCGUAACACCAUUUUCCGGGCAUGAUGUGGCUAUUUAUCUCGCCAUCAUCUACGUAUUUAUCGGUGUUCUUCUCCUGUCUCUUCGCUCCACAAUGUCAAAAUGGGUUACAUGGUACCAGUCUAUCCGACACACCGAUGAUACUGAGAUUCGCAAGUGGUAUAUUUCUGCACACGGAGAAAACAGCGAGAAGGUCUUCGCUAAUUUGAGCGACCCCGCUGCCCUGAAGCUUUCAAGAAAGGCCCUUCUGGAUGCUGUUAUGACAGAAAGAUCGCGGGCCUUCUUCGUCAAGGGCACAAAGGACUCUUUAGUCAAGGAGCUUGCUCGGGACUGGGAAUCCACAAACUUCCUGCUUGAUUGGUACUGCCGCUAUGCAGACGUGCCACGUCCAAUCCCGUUCAGCUCAGGCUGGAACAUUCAGACAAAAGUGGCAUUGGAUACUUUGCGUAGCUCGCAGAAGGGUCUCCGUCUCCACAAUGCCUUCAUCCACUGGCGUCAAUCCAGCCAGGAGAUUGGUUGCGGCGUUCUCUACUUUGUUCUGGCGCUUCUCGACAAAUGGAUUACUUUGCUAUGUGGUGAUCAUCUUCUUGCUCUGACUGGCUCUCUGACAGAUCGGAACCGUAAAGCUGUUGGGUUCGCACUGGCUUACUACCUGAUCGGCGCCGUUCUCAUCGACACAAAAGCCCAAGAACUGCAUACUGCGAUCGGUGGAAAUAAGCCUAGUGCUGUCAAGGUAUCCAAGGACAUUCAUGCCUCACAAAAGCGAGAUGUUCAGUUCCGACGAAAGGUCUACUGGCGAACAUUAUUCAAAUUUCUUCUUUGGCAUGUCUGGAGUCUUGCGUUAUCGACUACUCUCCUGUGGAUUUUCCAAGAAUCAGAAGAGGCUAUGAUCGAGUUCUUUGCUUAUAUCAUUGCCUAUACUGGGCUGAUCUGGUAUCAGUAUACCAAGAUCUUCACCGGGCCUCAUGCAUUGAAGCCACUUCUUGUGGGUCUCUGUGUAGGAUUACCGGUCGGCAUCUCUCUCAAAUUGACACUACCUCAGUUCCCUUACUCGGAAGUAAUUGGGCUCGGCGCCGCAACUUGGACCGUGGCAAUCUUGGCUCUUUUUAACUCGAGGAUGGGCAUGCCUCCCAAAAUUGACUCUCUAGUGGAGCUUGGCAAGACUUUCCACGCAUUCACAACUCCCUGGUCUGAUCCUGAGUGGUCCCAGCAAGAACUCCAGAGCUUCUUCGAUCGUCUGUCUCUUCUGGCCUAUGAUUGUCGGUAUCGCAUCGAUGCCACUGGCCACCCGGCCGUCGAAAUCAAGAGCAUUCUCCGCAACCGCAAGGAGGAACUUCGGAUCCAGGAAGCUUUCCCUAACUCCCGUGAUAUCGUUGAGUCUGCAAUAUUUCUAUGGGAAAACGGCGAAAUUGAAAUUGAGAUUGUUCCUAGCGGCUGCCUGGGCCCUUCUAUCCAAGCUCUGGCUAGCAGUUCUGGGAAGCAACUCCACCUGGCUGUGAGCCUUGGAGGUGUAAGCAACCGGGGCUCUCAGAUCACCGCCAAUUGCCAGAUUAUUGCGGAGACUUUGGUUCAUGCAGUUGCAGAGAUGAUUAUGGGCAUUCCCCAUGAGUAUGCUGUGUUGACAGAAUCCAUUGUCUCAGGGGGCGUGAGCAACACUAUGGCACAACAGCUACGGGAAGAACCUAACCCGGCUCUCGUUGUUCGCUGGGCUAAAAAUGAACUUCUUCGUCAACUCUGCUUAGGGUUCGAGCCAGAUAUUCACUGGGACAAAUUGCCCGUUGAAGUGCGAGAACUGUUGCUUAGCCGCUGCCUGGGUGAACAGUCCCAUCUGUCCGAAGAGGAACACCAAUGGCUUGAGCAUAGCCUAUGUCAGUUUGACACUAACAGCCUUGACGUUCACGUCGCGAGAUGUAACCUUGGUGCAGUCAUUGCCGCAAGCAUCCUUGACUACGCUCAUUAUAGCACCGAGGACGUAUACCCCAAAGAGCCAGAGACAUAUGGAUACAUUCCAUACGUGCCUCGGAGACUUCCAAUACUUCUCUCGAUGGUCCACUCUCCAUUCAGCUUCCUAUACCACAAGCUUGGAAGCAUUAUAAAGUUCAUUGUGAUUGCUCUAGUCGCCGAUCCCGAAUUCCAACGAGAGUUUGACCAUGUUGCAAAAUCGCUUCCAACCGUCGUCCGGGUACCAUCAGUAUUCAUACUCAACAUGCUGUGGAUAUACGCCAAGAUGGCGCAGGAUCUAUGUUUAUCUAUCUUCCUCUUCCAUGGCCGCAGUAAUGUCCAAUGUCUGUGGGAGGAGACGAAGGGCAUGACCAUCCACAUUAAGAAGAGCAGGGUCAUCAUCCGAAAUCUGGACGGGACCUUCACAACAUUUAGGCACAAAGAGCGUGACGGCAGCUCUAAGGUAUACCAAUAUGCUGGCGAGCACAAGAUUGAGCCCAAGGACAUGAGUGCCCUGAAGUCUGUGAGUGCGUACUCAAAGGAGAUGCUGCUUCAGACCAAACGGGAGCUUAAGAACGGCAAAGUCAUCAACGAGUACCAUUAUGACUACCGGCUGCCCUCCAAGAAGGGACUGACGCUUGAAAGAUCGACUUCAACAAAGAUCCCGAUUGCGCGUCGCUGUGUACAGGGCGACAACUAUCAGCAGAAUGUUCAAUACAACCGCAAGGGUCUGAUCGAAGCAGGUUCGUACAUGAAGGACGGUAACCUAGUCCGCUUCAAGUAUCAUUAUCGCAAGAACCCGCAAUUUGGCGAUGAGCUGCUCCGCGCGGAGUUCGUGUUGUCCCACAUUACUUGCACUGUGGCUUGGUGUGCUCCUCCCCGGCGUCACCCUGAAAAAGUCGAACGGUGGAUUCCUCAUUCGAAGGUGACUGAGGCAACUUUCGUCCAAGGAGCCGAUGUCUUCGAGAGCAGGUGGCUUUACGACCACAAAUUUCAUCCCACCAUUUUCACGACUGUCAAUGGGCAAAAGAUACAGACUCCGCCAAUGAUUGAGCACGAUUACCUGGGCGUCCUCUCCAAGCCUAAGAACACUGGAUUCAUUCACGACAACCCGUUCUUCUAUUGCGACAGUUUGACCUCGAACAUAUUCACCCGAGCUCUUGGAAUGACCAAAAAACAGUUCCCCGUAUCGACAUCUCGUGCAAGGUCUCUCAUGUGGAAAGCGUGGAAAGGCCGUGCUGACUUUGACGGCAUCAUCGUCCGCUGGAUGGACGAUCGGAUUCUGCGCCGAGACAGGGUCCUUGCACCUUACUGGCAAAGCCGCGACUGGGGUAACUUGACUGCGGCCAAAGAAUAUAUGGACCUUCGUGCGGAUGCUAUCAUGGCCAGCGCUGAUCUGGAUGACGAUAUCUCCAGCUGGACACCGCUGGCUGUGAAGAUCAGCGAUUUGUUCAACUUUGGACCUGGAGGCGAUGCCGUCGUUACCACUCGAUCGAAAGACUUCGCCUCGGACACCGACACGACUCUUCAUGUCAUGGCUGCGGAUACUGGUACUUGGCCCAACGAGGGAGGUGGUGUUUCUGCCUGCCGCCGAGACAUGAUCAACUCCCUGCGCAGCAUCAAAUGGCACAUGAUAUGUGAGUCUGCUAAUGACUUUGGUAUCCCAAAGCACCAAACGGAGCAAAAUGUUCAGUCCUUGAAAGUGAUCCCACUUUGGGGCCUGGAUUUCCUCACUCCGACUCACGGGCUGUUCCAGAACAAGCUCGACUCGGAGGUUGAGAACGUUACCUCCGCAAGUGCUUUCGACAUCAAGAUCAACUUUAUUCCUAUCCUGACGGCACUUGUCAAGGGUGCACGGGCUGUCCAUCUGUCCAAAGCUGAUAUCCAUCAGGCAACCAGAGCCCUCGUGAAUUUGAAUACCUACUUCCAAGAGUCUCGUCAUUGGUCACAAGUGUGGAAUAGUGAGACCGUGAAGCAGAGCUGGCGGGAGCUUUGGCUGACGCAAGAGAUGCCCAACACGAUCCCGUCGUCGCAAUGGCUCGACACUGAACUUCCAACGCUCUCAUCGCUUGACAUUGCCCUCGAGCUUUGGUACCGCUACCUUUUCAUCUUCUCGAUUCCUGUGCCAGAUAAGAUUCCUGGGGUAUUCCAAGCUUCGCACCACAGUGUCAGUGCUUCCUACGGAGUACUCUGCAAGAUCAAGAGGAAUUGUACUCUUCAAAUUUGGGAUCAUGCCAUCAGUUGGCGAGAAACAAACCUCUGUCUGUCUUCUGCUUUGUGCAAGCUUCCUCCCUUCGUUCGGAACUGCUUAAUUGGGCUUAUGCGGGUCACGUCGGUCUUGACCUUACAUCACGCCGAUGUUGUUUUGCCAUGUGCAGACUUUUUCAAUCCCGGGUGGGAGGUCGAGAUCGGGACCUGCCAGGGCUCCAUCGAGCACCGGAAUGUCUUCCGACGCAAGGUCGAUCCGGUGGUAAAUGGUAUCACUGAUAUGCAGAAGUUCACGCCGGUUGAGAAGAUUAAGUCGGAGCGCCCUACCGUUACGAUGCUCUCACACGUCUGGUAUGCGAAGGACAUCAAGACGGCGCUAUUGGCUGCAGAUAUCAUCAUCAACCAAUGGAAAUUCGAUGACUACCAUCUUGACAUCUACGGUGCUAUCGAUAAGGCACCGACGUAUUCCACGGAAUGUCAGGAGAUAAUUGCAUCGAAAGGUCUUCGCGGGCGGGUUACUCUCCGUGGAACAGCCGACCCGAUGAAAGUUCUUGAGAAUACUUGGCUUUUCCUGAAUUCUUCACUUUCCGAAGGUCUCCCUCUGGCACUGGGAGAAGCAGCCCUCACCGGCGCUCCCGUAGUGUGCACAGAUGUCGGCGCGUCGCUGCGCGUGCUCAGCGACCCGGACGACUUCUCUAGAUUCAGCGCAGUGGUAGCACCAAACGAUGCGCUGGCGCUGGCCAAGGCUCAAAUUUCCAUGCUUGCCAUGCUCGGAGAAUGGACAAAGUAUGCUGGCGACACCGAGCCUGCCCCCGUGCUCACCUCGGCCCCUACUCCCGAAGAAGUGGCCGCCAUAACGCGUCGCAUGUAUGAGAAGAGCCAGCACCGCCGUGAACUGGGAAUGAAGACGCGCCAAAUUGUGCAGAAGUCUUUCAGUGGCGACCGCUAUCUUCGCGAGCACGAGCAAAUGCUCUGGAUUGGCAAGUCGAGGAAGAUGAUGGGCACUCGCACUGCGGGUCCUACGAUUGAGCCAACCGACGCGUCUAUGACACCAGAUGUGAUGAAUACAGUGGAAGAGGAUAUCAUCACCAUUCCUCCCAGCGCAGUCCACUCAUGGCGGUCGUCUAAUGUCUCUGGAAUGUCGACGCUGCACAGCUCGGUCGAGGGUUAUCCGGGCACGCUGAAACGGCCCAUCUCCAACAUCUCGGCACUCAGUCUGGCGAAUUCAAACGAGAACCGGUCAUCCGCCCGUCUACCUGUUUUUGCUCCUCGCCAUUCCAGGCUAUCUGAUAUAUCUGUUGGCGAUUCGUCAGGACAGAGGUCACCCGGAGGGCUUGCAGUUCCGUCGAAUACGCGGCUUACUCUGGGAAAUCGCAGUCGCUCGUACAGGGCAAGCCGAUCUGUCUCCACGGCAGGGCGAGAGCAAUUACGCGGUCUCGAUCGGGCAAGCUUGAUGCAGUACCGCAACUCGGAUGUCAGCUCUAUCAUGCGUGAAGAAUUCUUCAGCAAGCCCGGCAUGUUUUUUAGUGGCUAG